UUAAAAGAUCUUGUAGGACUGAAGCGGUGUGCGCUAGCGAAUCUCAAUUGUACCACGAGACCCAGGGCUUUUGCCUCAUCGUGACGUGGAAGAGUUCCCUUCGACAAAUAUAAACAUGUCUAAAUUUAGUCCUCUCACAGAAUUUAUUCCCCGACUAUUCUUUUGACGGUAGUCACGUGUGAGCAUUUCGUGAGUUUGUGGGGGUGGGGGUGACAUUUUGACAUAUAAAGCUGUUUCAAGGGCGAAUUCUGCAUUAGAAGCGCGCGCUAACCCGAGCUGCGCAAUUGCAUUCCUUUAGGGUUGCGAGGAAGAGCGGAUUAAUCGUCCAAUCUUGAAAAUUUCGCGUACCAACUGUUCGAAUGGAUUUUCCCAACACUUCUCUGACUAAACGGGGGUCGGAGUCAUGGAGACCCGUGGAUCGAGCGUCCGUGUACAAGUGGAUAUCACGUUGGGGGAUCUACAAGUCGUAUUGAUGCGAUUUAGUUCCCCGUCAUGAACUGUCCUGGAGUUGCGGUUAAAAGUUGGGGGCUUUAAGAGCGGGGAACAUCAUGCACACAGCGGAGCUCGCGCUCUCUCUCCUACUCGUCGUGAUCAUCGUUGUGUCGCUGCUGUCCAACGUGCUGGUGCUGAUCUGCUUCUUGUACAAUGCAGAAAUUCGCAAGCAGGUCCCUGGGUUGUUUAUACUCAACCUGACGUUCUGCAACCUUCUUCUGUCCGCCUCCAGCAUGCCGUUGACUCUUUUCGGGGUGUUGAGUAAAUCGCAUCCCGGAGGACACAUUUUCUGUCAGGUGGUCGGGUUUCUGGACACUUUCCUUACUACUAACUCCAUGCUGAGCAUGGCUGCGCUCAGUAUCGACCGGUGGGUUGCAGUGGUGUUUCCUCUGAGCUACCAUUCCAGGAUCCGUCACCGGGACGCUGUAAUCGCGCUGGCUUACACGUGGGUGCACUCGCUGUCCUUCUCUGUGGUUGCCGCGUGCCUCUCCUGGGUGGGUUACCAUCAGCUGUACGCUUCGUGCACCCUCUGUAACGGCAGGGCGGUCAAUGCCAAGACGCAGUUCGCAAUUUACACCAUGGUGCUGCACUCGCUCACGUUCCUGUUGGUGUCGGUGGUGCUCUGCUUCACGUAUAUGAAAGUGCUCAAAGUCGCGCGCUUUCACUGCAAGCGCAUAGACGUGAUAACCAUGCAAACGCUCGUACUGCUGGUGGACAUUCAUCCGAGUGUUCGUCAGCGCUGUCUGGAGGAGCAGAAAAGGAGAAGACAGAGAGCCACCCGCAAAAUUAGUACCUUCAUUGGAACCUUCGUCAUCUGUUUCACCCCGUAUGUCAUUACCAGGAUCGUGGAGCUAUUUGUGACGGAGCCAUUUAAUCCAUAUUGGGGUGUGCUGUGUAAGAGUCUGGCAUACAGCAAAGCUGCAUGUGACCCCUUCGUCUACUCUCUUCUACGACACCAGUACAGGAAGACCUGCAGUGACAUCAUCAAUCGACUCUUGAAACGCAGUUCCCCGAAUGGAUCCAUGCAUCAGCAGGAAAAUGGAAAGAUUGGGAGGGCCAAGGAAAUCGUAAAAGAUGAAGUUGAAGCCAGACCUAAACACUGAGGACUCCUGUUGCUAUAGAGAUGAACGAUCACAAAGGUAGAGCUUCGACUCUGGUUGGAGAGAGAACAAUGAAGGCAGAGGAAACAGCGGGAUUCCAGGCUCUGCAUUUCUCAACUCAAACAGAAUUCAAGAUAUAACUGUAGCAAGAGAUUUUAGUAGCAAAAGAGAUUCUUUUUUUAUUAAAAUAUUUAUUAAUUCUCUUCCUUCCUUCCUUUCUUCCUUUCUUUCUUUCUUUCUUUCUUUCUCUAAUCAAUUCUAAAAUCAAACUUCUGUAAAGCUGCAAGCCACAAAAGCUGCUAGUUAGCCAACAUUCAAAGAGAAUCCGUAGGGCCUAUUACAUAUCGUGUUCUUUCUUAUGUUAUAGUGAUAAAGUGCUGUUUAGACUUAUUAAUAAGUGACUGCUUUGACUUACUGUAUCACAUGGUGAAAUGUGAGAAAACAAGAUUGCAUUGUGAGUUUUUCACCAGAAUAAGAAACAAUAUUUUCUAGAUGAUAUUUUAGUGGAACUCAAUGGCAUGUGGUUUAGAUUUUAUUUGUAUUUUUUUUUUUUUUUUUUUUGUAGCAUGUAUUGUAUCUUCAGGGUUUAGAUAUGAAGCCCCACAGCAAUGGGCGGACCUGUUUUUUCGGUGCCUUUAUUUAUUUUAUUUAUUUAUUUAAAAGGAAAUCUGCAUAGACUGAAUUUUAAAGUAAGUUCAUGAAAUGAACAAGCUCAUUUCAGCAGAGAAUUGUAGAGAAUCAUGUUGUGUAAACCAAAGGCUACAAACAAAGGAGAUAAAAUGAGUAUUUAUUGAGAGAGAAACGAUACGAUAGGUAAAACAAAUGUUGGAUUAAAUUCUGACAGCAUAAACAGUCUCUUUUCUUACUUGCCUCUGAAAAUUAUGUGUGAAAAUAUUGUGCAAGUGCCUGAAGUGCUGUCAUAUGGGUUUACUUAAUGAAUGUUCUCUGUGUGGGAACACUGGCCACAAGAUACAGAAAAAACUAAAUACUUGGAAAGAGCAAAAUGGAAAAAAAAAGGUGACAGUUUUUCCUUCUCUAAUUGUUCUGUUUAGUUUUACAAUGCCAUUCUUUGUCUAUGUACUGUAUAUAUGCAUAUACAUUUUUGUAUUUUUAAGAGUAAAUCAUUUCUACAGGGUAAUUUAUAUCUGAAUGUCACUCUAUAGUAAGUAUUGUUUUAUUUUUUGUAGUGUGUAUGUACGAAUAUGUAUGCAAAUAUGUGACAUUUGGAAGUAAGAACAAUAUUACACUUCAAGGGUGUUCAUGUAUAAAACUACAUGUUUAAAUGUUUUCUUUUGUGCAAAUGUAAAAGCCUUAGGAAGAAACAUGUCUAUUUUUGUUAAACAGAAAAUAAUGUAGUUUUGAAUUUUGCUACAUCUUUGUGACUUUGAUGACAAUAAACAGUGGGU